AUGCCGAUUGAACCCUGGGAGGUAAAGGCUCAAACUGUCCGCGAUUACCGUGAUGCAACCCUUGCCAAAGUCGAUCCUCCGCUGGGCCCAUUGCCUAACCCCCUGCCAAUGAGCUCACUGGAUCUACCCAAGCAACUGCUCACGGCCCGCGAAUAUGAACUUACUCAGAACUAUGAUGCCAUUGCUCUUCUGCGCAUGCUGCGUACCAAGGAGGCCACCUCAGAAGAAUUGACGAGAGCGUUCCUCCGGAGAGCUGCAAUUGCUCAGCACGCGGUUUGUGCUCCAUCCUUUAACAUGAGCAAGUUUGGUUUGCAAGUAAUUGUCGAUCUGCUGAUCGAAUAUUUGGCUGAACAGGUCAACUGCGUUACGGAGCUCAUGUGGGAUGAGGCCAUUGAACGAGCCAAAUAUCUCGAUUCCCUCCCACAACCCAUUGGGCCUUUACAUGGACUGCCUAUUUCCGUCAAGGAGCACCAUGGGAUGAAGGGUAAAAAAUGUAACGCCUCCAUAGUUAGCUGGAUUGAUUAUCCUUCAACAGACGGGCUUCUGAAUGAUGCGUUUUAUAACGCUGGCUGUGUUUUCUAUGUUCGUACUACCGGUCCUCAACUCCUGAUGCAUUUGGAAUGCACUAGCAAUAUAUAUGGCCGGACUGUCAAUGCACACAACCGUAAUCUCACUUCCGGUGGUAGCAGCGGUGGCGAAGGGGCCCUGGUUGGAAUGCGGGGAAGUGUUUUGGGUGUGGGUGGGGAUAUUGGUGGCAGCAUCCGAUGUCCGGCGAGCAACAACGGCGUAUAUGGAUUUAAGCCGACCUGCACACGAAUCUCGGGAACAGGCAAGAAGAUUGUAAUGGACGGCUGCGAGGCCAUCUUAGGGACUUACGGACCACUUUGCACCAGCAGGGCAGCGAUAAAUCUCUUCAUGGAAGUUGCAUUGGCUGGCGAGCCCUGGCGCCUUGACCCAUCGGUGACUCCUAUCCCAUGGUCCCCUGUCACGUUAACGAAGCAGCUGAAGAUCGCUGUUGAAUGGGAUGACGGUGUCGUUAAACCACAUCCGCCAGUUCUCCGUGCGCUCAGAGAGGUGGCGGAUGCGUGUCGGAAGGCUGGCAUGGAAGUUGUCGAUUGGGUGCCGCUUGAUCACUCCAGGGCAUGGGAUAUUAUUUCCGCUCUGUAUUUCACAGACGGAGGGGAAGAUGCUCUUGAGUCCCUGAAAGCAUCUGGAGAACCAAUCCUGCCUUUGUCCAAAUUCAUUAUUCAUGAACAACCCACGGUCAAACCGCAUACACUGGCAGAACUUUGGAAGCUAUGCAUUAGGCGCGACGAUUACCGCGCAACAUAUGCUAAGCACUGGUCAGCAACGGCCACUUCUCCCACAGGAGAGGUCGAUUUAAUUCUGUGCCCAGCCACCCCGGGAUGUGCACCACCGCACGAGACUUCCCGCUAUUGGGGCUACACUGCACAAUGGAAUUUGCUCGACUACCCCGGUGUGGUCUUCCCUGUCACCACCGUCGAUCCAGCGGCAGACCUGCGCGACGAGAACUACCAGCCCCGUAACGAGAAAGAUCUAUAUAAUCAUGACCUUUACACGGGUCCAGAGAGAUAUGAACGUGCACCGGUUAGCUUGCAACUUGUAGGAAGAAGAUUCUGCGAUGAGAAGGUUAUAGCGGGACUUGAGGCAAUCGAGAAGGUCAUGGGAAGAGAGGAAGAAGAACAUUGA